UCCCCCUUGCAGCGGGGGUAAGGAAUCAAACCCCCAAAAUGGCGGCGGCGGCGGCGGAGGACCGGAUGGCAGAGGAAGGAGGCGGCAGCCACGGCGACGGCGGCUCCUCUUUGGCCUCCGGCUCUACCCAGCGACAGCCCCCACCGCCCCCGCCACAACACCCACAACCGGGGUCCCAGGCGCUGCCAGCCCCGGCGCUGGCUCCGGACCAGCUGCCUCAAAACAACACGCUUGUGGCGCUGCCCAUCGUAGCCAUCGAGAACAUCCUCAGCUUUAUGUCCUACGACGAAAUUAGCCAGCUCCGCCUGGUUUGUAAAAGAAUGGACUUGGUCUGCCAGAGAAUGUUGAAUCAGGGAUUUCUUAAAGUGGAGAGGUACCAUAAUCUAUGUCAGAAACAAGUUAAAGCACAACUCCCAAGGAGAGAGUCAGAAAGGAGAAACCAUUCAUUAGCUCGUCAUGCAGACAUUCUUGCUGCUGUUGAAACAAGGCUGUCACUAUUAAAUAUGACUUUCAUGAAAUAUGUGGAUUCCAAUCUCUGUUGCUUCAUCCCAGGAAAGGUGAUUGAUGAGAUUUAUCGCGUGUUGAGAUACGUCAAUUCUACCAGAGCCCCUCAGCGAGCUCAUGAAGUACUUCAAGAAUUAAGGGAUAUAUCCUCUAUGGCAAUGGAGUACUUUGAUGAAAAGAUUGUUCCAAUUUUAAAGAGGAAAUUACCAGGAUCAGAUGUUUCUGGAAGACUCAUGGGCUCUCCUCCAGCACUGUACUGUGUCCUGUGGAGACUAAAAGGAAGUGUAAUACGUGGUGUCUGCUCUCAAGGAUCUUACUAUUUCAAAAGUUCCAGGACCAUCUGCAGCCCUAACAACAAUGCAGCUCUUCUCCAAGCAAAACCCUUCAAGACAAGAGGUUACCAAACUCCAGCAGCAGGUUAAAACAAAUGGUGCUGGCGUGACUGUUCUCAGGCGUGAAAUUUCUGAGCUUCGCACCAAAGUGCAAGAACAGCAAAAACAGCUUCAAGACCAGGACCAGAAACUGCUAGAGCAGACCCAGAUCAUAGGUGAACAAAAUGCACGGUUGGCAGAGCUAGAACGCAAACUACGAGAAGUAAUGGAAAGUGCUGUAGGAAAUUCCUCAGGGUCUGGGCAGAAUGAGGAGUCUCCUCGGAAACGAAAAAAGGCCACAGAAGCCAUAGACUCUCUUAGGAAAUCUAAACGUCUUCGGAAUAGAAAGUAAAUUGGAAUGUGGUUCUAGUUCCAGAGGAAGACGCAGCUUAGUAGCUUAAGCAGUUAUGCAUAUCAGGAUACUGUGAGCAACACGGUGUCCCUUAAGCUUCUAGGCUUUCAGAACACAACUUGAACUCUUAUGGUUGGGACAUUCUUUUCCCGCUUCUCCUGAUUGAACUGAUGCACAGAAUCUUUUUACUUUGCAAUAGAUUUGUACUAACCAGACCUGUUCUAUCAUGUUUUGAGGAGUUAACUUUUUUCUGUGCAGAUAAUGUUGAAAGUAAGUUAAUUUGUUUCUGCAUAUAUGCACAUACAUAAGGAUCUUAAACCCAGUCUUAACAGACUAAACAGAAGUUAAGUUUAAUACAGAAAAUGUCCUGUUCACUUGAAAGAAAAGACCUACUUUUUAAAUGGACACUAUCUUGGUUCUUUUUUUUUUUUUUUUUAAGUCAUCUUUUUGUUAUAAGUGACCUUUGUCUGGAAUGUCUGAAAAGUAGUUAAUGCUUUUUGGUAUUGAAGUAAUGGGUAACUAAAAUGGACUUCCAUAGUAUUGACUGUAGAAGGAGGCUCUACAGUAUUGACUAUAUAUUUUUAUAAACUACUGGCAAGAAACUUACCCAGCUGUUAUACAUGUUUUCAAUUCUCUUUGGGGGCCAUGUCCUACAUUUGCAUGGAUGGAUGCAUGCAUUGCCUAAUCAACUCACUUAAAAAGCUCUUGCACUGGUAUUGAUCUUGAACCUCUAUACUUCUCCACUUUUUAGAGCGGCGUCUUAGUUUAAGCGCUUAACAUCUUCCACCGCAACAGCUUGCCUCUAGAGGGGGAGUUUUUCAUCCAUUUGUCCUCCAGUUUUAUAGAAACAAGAGACUAUUAAAGCCUAUUGCUUUAUCUGUUCUCUGUAGGGUUCAGGUACACUGGCUAAGGCAGAACCCCAAAUUCCAAGGCUCUUUCUAUCAAUAUUGGACCUCUGGGAGUUAGUACUCCUCUUUGCUCACCACCAUGUGCUCAGUUGAUCAGAUGUGGUGAGUGAGUAGGGGACUCGACUUGCGGGAUGCAGUUUUGCCAUUGCAGCAAAGUUCAUUGAGGAAAAUUGUACCAUGAAAAAGCGUUUUGAUUAUUUCAUUUCUGGGGGAUGACCUUGAGGGAAGCUUUUUAAUAUUAGUUUCAAGCUUUCCUUAUCCUACAACUUUAAACAAAAGCUUUAAUUUUGUUUGCACUCCUGUUUUGAGCUUGUAACUGGAAAAGCAUGUCUUGCACUGUUCAACCUCCUAAGUGGUCACUUUAACAACCUCCAAAUUGUGCACAGUGGUUAUUUUCCCCAGUUGUAUAUUUUUGAGACAUUCAAUUAUCACUGUCUUAGUUGUAUUUUAAUUUACUAAAUUAUGUAGCUGUUUGACAAGUUCUUUUAAACAGCUGUUGCCUUGGGCUUCAGUUAUUUAAAGUAAAUUUGGGUGUAAUAUAGAAAACUGUCCCUUUCCAGGCGGGGGUUGGCGCCUGUGUAACCCUAAGGUUUGGUAGACGCCUUAGUCGAAUAAGAGCACAAGGCUAUCGCCUUUUAUCCGUCCACCGUGACAUGGCUGUGCGUCCUUUAAAUUAACCUCACCAGACGAAGCUUUUUCUAUCCAUUUUUAAUAUUGUCCUUACAUAAUAUUGUCCUUAGAUCUUCAUCAAUUCUAUGUCUGACUUUGAAAUUCCAUUUACAAUGUAGUAUGUUUUCAAUGAAAAACCAUAAAGUAACAUCCAAGUGUUUCAUGGUUUGUUGGGAAGGUAAUUUUAAAAUAAAACAAUUUCCAAAAAACAUUUGUCAGCCAAGAUCAUCCAUAAAAGUCCCCGUCUGGAACUUAUUUUCUCAGCACUUCUCAUUUUUAUAAUCAGAGUAUUUAGCCAUAUUAUCGUAUCUUUAGAGGAGGCCUGGUGGAAUACCCAGGGCCUCUACUAGUCUGCUUUUCUGGUCACAGGAAGACUUUUUUUUUACGUAUCAGAGUAUGUGUUUACAGAUUUACAGAGUGUGAUCCGUAUGCAUCAAAGGGAUACAGCCCCAGACUAUUUCUUUAAUGGUCGUUCAUGAACUAUUAAGUUUCCUGAAUUUCUUUUUAAACUACAUCUAGAUAGCCUAAACAUCUGUGUAGUCUUCCAUUAGUUAACAUGUGUAUAUGGCUUUCAUAAUAAGUAGUCACACUGUUAGAAGGUAAAUUUUCUAUUACAAAAUCCAAAUUUCUAUUGCAUACACUUACCUAUUCAUAAAGCUAAUUCAUUGUACUUGUUAAUGCAUGAAUGUUCCAUGCAGUAGGAGAAUAAAGCACUACAGUUCGUUCGGUUGUUCAAAUCUUAAAUCUUAGGCUAUUUAGCUAAAACAUGUUAGGAUGUUGCCUUCACCAGUUAUUGGGACAGUUAUUAGCCGUUAUGCUUACUUACGGAUAGCAUAAUGGUAUUUAAGGUUCAACAAACUGCAGAUUAUUUUGAUCAGGUGAAACUGACAUAUGUUACAGAAAAACUGUAAAUUAACCUCCUGAGAGAACCAUUCUGCCCUGCAUUUUAAGUCAGGUAUUUAAAUGCUGUGUGUUGUUAAUAUUGCGUUGUCUUAGUGCAACAUUUCUUGAAGUAUUCCCAUCAUCUUCCUUGGCUGUUUUUCAGAGGAGACAUCUCCAUGUUAAGGGGUCAUUUCCACAUAGGGAUGUAUUAUGGUACAGCGCUACACACAUGGAUAACAAUGUGAAAAGGCGUGCCUAAGAAAUGAAAAGGGCUGGCCUUAUCCCCACCCCAGCUGGAUCCUCUGCUUAUCUCCCACAUGCACUUGGCUUACCUGGUUUUCACAGAUUCUGAGGUUAUAGAACCUGUUGUUUUUCAAACUCCUGUACAGAGCCUGAAAAUAAUGGAGCAAAUGCAAAUGUAUUGAGAGUCAUUAUACUUAGUUUUAAAGACUAUUGGGGUAUCAUCCAGUCAAAAGCCACUGAUUUGGGAAGCAAUUUUUUUGUAAAACACGUUUUUUGGAGUACUGAACUUUACAGGGGCUUGCCUUAAUCUCUAUUUAGUAGUUUCAAGAUGUAUGCGCAAUUAUUCUACGUGUUAAAAAUGUUAAAAUAUUCUAUGUAGCCCCAAAGGUGGGUAAAACAGUGUAAGUAAUGCCUAAAUUAAUAAGCUAAAAGGUGUCACUACAGCUGGAUUUUUUGAGAGAAAAUGGACAUAAAACUAGGCUAUGUGUAAUAAAAAUAAUGGCACCUUAAGAUUGCACUAUUUUAUGCAUUAUUUUAUAUGCCAUUUCAUAGCCUGCACUUUAAUCUCCAAAGAAACGAUGUAUGAUGUCCCAGUUGUUCCUUAUUCUUAAUAAAUUUUUCCUAAGACAGGGCACUUAAUUCUAUUUUAUUAUACUGAAUUAGUUUCUUGGAGGUAGAUUCCUUUCUUGAGUUCUCUGUUUCCUUAGCCAUAAUAAUUUCUAGGAUCUGGGAACUCCCUAUAUUGUCUAUUUCCAACAUUAUAUAAUUUUAAUUUAAUGUAAUGUAAAUCUCAUACUUGGUGAUCAGCACAUUCUUAUAUCCUGCUCUACCAAUGAGUACCCAUUUGUUACACUUACCAAACUCUCUAAAAACAUAUACUGUGAGUAAGAUUUGAAGCCAGGAAUAAAAGGCAGUCUGAAAGAAAACGUCCUAUAUGAUGCAGUUGUUUGGAAAUGGCUGAUUUCUGAUAUGAAACCCAAUUUGAUAACACCAUUCAGUUCUUUGACUUGGGAUCUAUCUGAAUUGCUUUAACUAGUACACAAAAGGUUAAGUUACGACUACUUUAAAUUUGUAUAGCCUGCCAUCUGAGGUGAAUUAUUUUCAAAAAAUACUAAAUCUAUGAACUGAGACUAGCAAUUAGUUGGCUGCUCCCUACCAUGAUUUUACUUUUAAUAGCAAUACAGUUAUAUUGGUGAUAAAUAUGACAGGCUUAAGUACUGCCGGCCUUUUGCAUCUUCCUAAUCAUCUUGGUUAAAUUUCUGAGGUUUAAAAAUUAGAUCCAGAUUUCUUCUGUUGUGUCUGAAGAGAACUAUGACAUUUUAGAAAUACAUUGGCAAUCUGUUAGGUCCAUUGGCAAAGUAUAUUGGUCCAUAUUCAAACCUAUUCCAAAAGGUUAGAAGUGUUUAAGAUUCCUUUAUUGUGGUACCAUGUCUGUUUACCUAUGCUUAUGAGCAACAAUAAAUUACUAGUUUACCUUCUGGAAUUUUAAUUGUUAUAACUGAAUCAAUUAUUGGAAAGUGAAAAACACCUCCCGGUCACACAACAGGGUACGUAAAUAAAUGUGUUGUUACCAGUG